GGUGUCCACACUGCUGCGCCCUUAAAUCUCUUUCCUGGGCUAAGCUGGGAGCGCGCCCCAAGUCUGAAGCUCCGGCUUCAGUUGCGAAUUCCCCAUCCUAAGAUUCAAGGGUGGGGGGUGGCUUCCCAAUUUCUCCAUCACCAAGCUCUGGGCUCGCCUUUCCCUGGCAUUUUUGCCCCUCAGCUGGGUCUCCGACUUUCCUCUUGGGAGGCGACCGGGUUCGUCUGGAUGCAGAGUCCCGGCCUUCCCGCAACCCGCCUGGAGAGGGGGCUUCCGGAAAUGCGCCGCGUCGGGGAGGCUCCCAGGGUUUUCCUGUGACAUGGGCAGGGUGCGAACCCCGCGCCAGUCUUUCCCCUGCAAAGCCUCGCAGCAGCCAGGCAAGGAGGGCGUGGGGAAACAGGGAGACACGCACAGGGCGCGCGGGUGGGACCCAGCCCUUCGAGGUAAGACUUCGAGGAAAUGCUCCGGCAACAGUGACGGAUGCGAGAUCCGAACGCCGACCUCCGCACGCGCCUCUCCCUCGGUAGUUCCGAGAAAGGGACAAGCCGGCUGCAGCGGGGAGCGGUUGGGCCGGCUCCUCGGACGCCCCAGCACUCUGGAACUGGCUUUGGAGCCCCUUCUCCCUGUGUUCCCAUCCACAUUAUGACACCUACUAUGUGGACCCACGCUGGGAUCUUUCUCCCUGAACACCAGGCCCUUGGCUUCAGUUACCAUUCAUGCCUUCAGCCCAGACCUCUCCUGUGGGCUCCAGACCUGCUUAUUUGGCUUCCUGGAUGUGUUACAAGCAGCACACACUGCAAACGUCUAAACAUUCACACUCUUCUCCAAAGACCCCUGCUCUUCCUGCUCAAUGAAUGAGACCACCAUCAUCCAGUGGCUGAAGCCAGAAACACUGGCAUUAUUCCUGACUCCUUCCUCUGCCCCAACAUCCCAUCGGUUCAAAAGUCUUAUUUCUCCUUCAUAAAUAUCUCUCAAAUAUGUCCACUUCUUACCAUACGCACUGACACAACUUCAGAUGAUUUCUUGCCUAGGCUAUGGCAACAGCCUCCUAACUGGCCUCCCUGCCUCCAGCCUUGUUCUACUGUAAUCCAUUAUCCAUGAUGCUACCAGAGUGGUUUUUCAAAUGUAAAUCUAGCCAUAUCUGCUUAAAACUCCUAAUAAAUAUCACUGGCCUUAGGAUAAAGUCCAAACUCCGCUGGCAAAUAAGCUGCUCGGUGGUCUGGCUGCUGUUGUUCCCUCAGCCUUCCCUCCAACAAGUGCCCUCCUGACCACUGCACUGUGUGCUCAUGCAUGUCCACGGGCUUUCUGCCGGUGGUGAUGGUGGCGAUGUCAUUCAUGGCUGUGGCAACGAUCAGAUGUCAGUUGUUGGUGAUUAUGGUGGUAACUUUAAACCACCGCCCAUCACAUUUUCAAGGCGAUCUUUGGAGGCUGACUUCAUCCAACAAAUAUUCCUCGCUCCUAUUUCCUGCAGGGUUAAUUGUGCAUGCCCAUCUCAGACCCACCUCCAUCCAGGGCUGUUUUAGGACUCUCUGUUUGGGGCCCUGGCGAGCCCCCACAUUGACUCUUGGUUAUCAGCCUGAACCUGUGUCCAGCGUUCAUCUCUUUCUGGCCUUGAGUUGAGCCCAGCAUGUUGGUGAUGGGACAGUGAUGGCGAUAAACAUGAAGAUCCUGCUGCUAUCAGCACUCACAGGGGAGACAGAAAAGUUGCCUGGGGACCCUAGGAGAGGAGCCACUGGGAGGUCCAGCCAGGUGGUGCUGGUUCCAAGUCCUGCUGAGUCCAGCAGUGAUCAGCCGAUGGGGCUGCUUUGACCUUCUCAGAGGUUUGGCUAUGAAACGCUGACCUUCACCGACUUUCUCUGUAUACCCAGGGCUGAUGGUCUGACCCACAACACAGGGCACUUGGUUGCCAGGCUGGAGCCCUGACACUUCUGAUAUAGACAACAUCCCUUCCCAAUACCAGCAUUUAUUUGCAUCUAUGAAUAUGCAUGGAGGCUGUUUUCCUGAACUGGGGAAAGUAGCUGGGAGCUGGGAAGACUGGAGAUAAGCUGUCUGGGGGAUGAUCACAAGGCACUGAUCUGCCCUUGUGGUAGGCAGAAUGACGGGCCCCAAAGAUAACCAGGUCCUAAUUCCUGGAACCUAUGAAUGUUACUUUGCCUGACAAAAAAAUAUAUAAAAGUUUGCCAAGGUGAUUAAGGAUCUUGAGAUGGGAAGAUUAUCCUGGAUUAUCUGGGUAGGCCCUAUGCAAUCACUGGUGUCCUUAUAAGAGGGAGACAGAGGGAGGUUUGACCCAGAACAAGAAGACAAAGUACCCACAAAAGCAUGAUGAUGCACUGAGGGCUUUGAAGAUGGAGGAAGGGGCCAUGAGCCAAGAAAUGCAAAGGAAAACAUCUAGAAGUGGGAAGAUACAAGGAAACAGAUUCCGCACUGGAGCCUCUGGAGGGAGCGUGGCCCUGCCAACACCUUGAUUUCAGCCCAGUGAAACUGAUUUUAGGCUUCUGACCUCCAGAAGUAUAAGAGAAUAAAUGUGUGUUCUUUUAUGCC